AUGGCUGCUACUGGUGUAUCUAACCAAGGCAUCUUUGGACUUGGAGCACUACGUAGUGAGGUUUUACUAGCUGGCGAAGCUUCUUCGAGUGCACCACAACUUGAAGAACCAGAGAUGUGUCCACAAAGGAUGCAAGAGAUGGAAACAGAGCUGAAAGAAAGCCGUGAAGAGAAUCUGCAAAUUCAGAGGAGACUUGAAGCUUUGGAGAAGAAACUUGAGAGUUUGGAAAGACAAAAUGCCUAA